CGCUCCAGUCUGCAGACAUCGAAGGACGUUCAGCUCAGCGUCCCGCGACGCGCCUGGGGGAGGGGAGCUGCUCGGCUGCUUGUGUCCCGCAGCCGCCAUCGCAUACACACACGCCGACCAUAUACUCGGCUUCCGAGUACCGAGGCUCGCAUACUUGUCACUUGUAAAGCCAUAUAUCAUGGAGCCCAUGGACAUUGACGACGACGACCCCGUCGUUCGCGAGCUGGAUGUUUAUAUUUGCAAUGAGUUUGCCGGCUCAAGCACGCAGCUAGGGCUGCUACAGCACCCUCUGCGUCCACCAUGGCGCCCAUAUGACUAUAGCAAAGCCAAAGGCAUGCGCUUCAAGCCGAAGGCGAAGCGCAUUGAGGUCGACCUGCCGCUUGACACGGAAUCCCGCAACUACAACGAUGUCAUCGAGGACAUGAAAAAAGUCAACCAGUUUACGCUGCGCUCCACCCUGACGGAGGACCGCACCAACCUGGCGGUGGCCACCGUCAAGGGCGGCAAGCUGCUCAUCGCGCCGCUGGACUUUGCGGUGCAGCUGCGCCCUUCCAUGCACCACCUCAACGUGGCGGCCGGCGACAAGUCGAAAGGCCCCGGGCACGAGAGCGACGAUGAGGAGGACGACGAGCCCAAGCUGCACGCGGUGGAGGUGCAGGUGCAGAAGCGCGAAACGGAGCGGCAGGCGCAGGCGCGCAAGAACAGCUACGCCUACAUCACGCAGCAGGAGGAGGAGGAGGCGUUCGUGAACCUGGGCAUCCACGGCGACAACAGCGUGGCCGCGGAGCAGAUCUGGGAGAAGUUCAUGGCAGCCAAGGAGCUGGACCACGGGUCGCGGAAAAUGGAGCGGCAGGCCUACCUCCGUGCCAUUGUGCCGCCGCCCAGCGUCACCGCCUCCAACCCCCACGGCGCCGGGCCCGACGGCGCCGCCGUCGCGCCUGGUGCCGCGCUGCUGCCCACCGCCAUCGGCUCCGCGGGCGGGCAGCUUUCGGAGACGGCGCGCGCCGCGCUGCCGGCGGCGCUCCGCGCGCUGUUCAAGGAGCACACGGUCUGCAGCCUGGCCAACGUGCGCAGCUGGCUGGACUCGGCCGCCGCCGCCAAAGACGCCAAAGAGGCGGCGCUGCUGCCCGACAAGGCGCUGCACGACGCAGUGCUGUCGCUGGGGCACCUAAAAUCCAUGCACCGCGUUUACGUGGUCACCAAGACAGGCGACGAGAAGACCGACCCGCUGCGGAAGCUGGUGGUGGAGCUGCUGGAAGCCAAGGAGAGCUUUAAGCGCAGCGAGUUCAACGACCUGUCGCGGACCAACAACAUGAGCUUCAGCGAGAGCCAGUACAACAAGGUGGUCAAGGACAUCUGCGAGAGCCGCGGCAACACGUGGCACAUCAAGAACGGCGCGUCUGGCAUCUGAGGGAGCCGGGCAGGCAGGGAGGCAGGACGCUAGGGAGGGAGCCUGGGAGGGAGCCAGGGAGGGAGGCGGGAAGGCAGGCAGGAGGGGUAGCUCUGGCGCGGCGAGGCGGUGGUGGCGGCGGCGGCGGCGGCGGCGGCAGCGGCGGCAGCGGCGGCAGCAGCGGCGGCGGCAGCGGUGCCGCUGCAGCAGCAGCUGUAGUUGUGGUGUGCCUGUCCAACAGCGGCGGCGGCGAUGGACCUACCAAGCAGCUGUGGCGGCGCCGGCGGCGCGGCUAGGACGGGCGAUGCGGCUCAGCAGAGCAGAGCAGCUGGCGGCCUGGCGGCAGCGACAUCGGCGGCGGCGGCGGCGCCAACAGCUGGGUGCCGGCCGCGGCUUUGCAUUAGCAGUGGGCAAAGGGCAGAGCCGGGCGGCGCGGCGCAGCAUGGGCGUUGGCGGCGGCGGCGAUGGCGGCGGCGGCGGCUGGCAACAUCGCAUGUCGUGGGCGCGGGCUGCUUGUGCUGUGUGGAUGGGCUAGGAGCGAUUGCACAGCGCCGCGGCAGUCGAGGCGCAGGCACGCGCGUGUGGGUGUUGCCGCCAACAGCCCGCCGCCGGGGAGAGCUGUCGGCAUCGGGGGCGCACGUUGGCGGUCCGCUAUCAGCAGCGGCUGGUGGAGCCGGUUGAGCUGUGGCACCUGUGCACUGGCGGCAGCCGGCUUUAUGGUGGUGGCGUGGCAGCUGGACUCGGGCCGCCUGCCGCAUGUUGGCAUGGGUCACGGGGAAACGGCCGCGGGGUGACGGGGGGAGGGGUAAGAGCCUGGGAGCGGGAGGGCGAAGGCAGCUGGGCAUGUGCCCGGACAGCGGCCGGCAGGAUUAUGGCGCCGGCUGGGCCCAGCGGUGGGCAGGCAUCGGUAUGGGGCAGAGGGCGAUGGGGAGGGGCAUACAGCAGAGCGUCAAGCUAGCCAUGGGCUGGAGUCAUCUCAGGCGCCUGCUGACAGGGGCCCGGCGAGCCUUGAUGCUGGUAUGGCUGGGGGCUUACGGGUGCAGCAUGGCAUUGCCGCUGGCGGUGUGUGGGGUGUAGGUUGGGAAGGUAGCGUCGGCAGGACGCGCUUGCUGCGUGGAGUGCAAUGAACGAGAUAACUGACUUGAAAGGGAUAUCCAGCACUGACUUGCUGCAAUGGAAGCUGGCGCGCCAGACUUGCACUUGCGCUUGGGUAUGCGAGGAAGCAUGGCUUCAUUAUUACAGUCAUGACUGGGCAAGGCUAGGUGCGCUGUUUGCGGUGUGUGUUUGUAUGUUGGAAGGAGGGAUGCCUGUUGGGGUAUUGGCCAGCGCCUAACUGCCAUAAUUACGGUAUUCUAUAUCCAAUUCUGCCUUGUGGAUUGGGGACACGGCAGUACAUGGGUGUUAUGGCCGGGUGGCCAUGCAUGCAGUACUUGAGAAGGCGGGCUGCCCGGCAUGUUUGUUGCGCGUGCCGGUUUGGCACCCUCGCAGUUCUCGCGUAUGUGGAUGGAGGGCAGUGUGCGGUGCUAGUCCGCUGUUUGUUGCUGCGGGAAAGCGACCUGGAGCCAGGAUCUAGUGAGCAGAGAUGGCUCGCGAGCCACUACACGCACGACUAUCCAUGCCAGUCACGCAAGUGUAGAAGUGGGAGUACGGUUUGGAUGCAAUCCCGGGCUGCGCCGCCGCCCCGGGGUGCAUGGGUCGUACGGCUCCGUGCCAAAUACGAAGCCUGCUGUCAUGGUUGGGUUACCUCCGCGUCGGUACGCACCGACCAGCGACACGGGUUCAGGGGGUGUGCGAUGGGGCAGGGUUUAGGCAGGUUGGCGAGGUCCCGUAGGGUGCAGCUGACGCCCAUACCCCAAGCAGACGGCAAACAAUUUGCAGCGGCAGAGCAGAAGUGCAUGGCUGGUCGAACGCCGGAGUUACUGUAACGACAAGUUGCU